UUUAUGUUGCCUUGUGGGUGGAUUAUGAAAAAUUUAUAACUGAAAUCUGAACUUUUUUUUUCGAAUUUCAGAUCAGAAAUGAGCAUUAACCGAUUGAGUUGCUGACUUAUAUCACUAUGAUUAUUUUAAUUCUACUAUUAUUUAAUGUCGUUUUAUCGAAGCUGAUUCGAGUUAAUGAAUGGCAUGAUAUUCCUGUAAAAGGGACUGAAGAUGAAGAUGCUCUUAUUGAUUUUCAUUUAUUUGCCACGUGUGAAAAAUUCUCCGUGUUAUUCAUGACAGAACCUAAUGAAUCAACACGAUUUGAGUUCUCAUAUUACGAUGUAACAUUGAAAAAGAUUGAUGUUCAAUCGAUUGGCAAUGCUGUUCAAGUUCCAGUAUCUCCAAAAAUGUUGGGAACGUGUCGAGAGAAUAAUCGAAAAAUUUUAAGAAUUAAAAUUCGAACAUCAAAUGAUACAAUAACUUUCAAAGUGGACGAUCAAAUAAUUCGACGACCAUUUGAUUCAACACAAAAUAAUAUCAAAAUCCUAAUACCUCAAAAAGUUGCUUGCUGUUUAAUUCGAGCACUUUUCCUUAAUAACUCCGAUCUCGAUGCCUAUACAUCAGUUUCAACUAGAUUUUUCACUUCAUCAAAAUCAUCAUACAAAAGAAUUCUGGAAGUUUUUGGAUCCACGUCAUCUUCUCUUGUUCUGACUACAACUCCAUCUACAUCAACUUCUAGAACAACUACAAAAAACGACACGAAUAAAUGGAGUAAGUUCACACUUGGCAAGAAUCCAACUGUGAGCAGUAGUACAAGUGAACCGAAAAUGGAAAGUUCGUGGACUCAUGCAGUGAAUAAGGAAUGGUCAAUCACAUUUGUACUUUGUUCUGUUAUUGUUUGUACUAUUAUGCUUUUUCUUGCUGUUUUCGGAACUUUUACAGUUUUCUAUCUAAUGACUAAGCCAAGAGGUGGUAAAUCUCCAUUUGCAGUUGAUGCUUGAAUAUGUGAUUUAAAAUAAUAUUUCUUUCCAAUUUAAAAAAACCCAAUAAAUUUAUCUGAAAAUCGAA